AUGGUGGAGCUUUCGCCUGCUGAGCGCGAAUACUGUCGAGACGUGACCCUGCAAGUUAUGGAUAGAACGCUUCACGACUACGCAGACACCGCAUCUUGGUCUUUCGGUAGUAAAUGUAGCAUCCCUGACGCCGAGCACGAGGGAUGGAGAAAACUCCGGUCACAAGGAAAUGUGGCAAUGUAUUCCGAAAAUUCAACAGAUCUGGACGUACUGUACGGUUUGGUAGCAUCUGAUCCUGCCGAGUUCAAACUCCGCUCCGUGUUGAUGGACUGUAAAGUAGAAGACGACGUCGAGCUUAUGGGCGUGACAAGAUAUGUUAUCAACCACGGCUAUCUCCAUCGUCACGAGUAUUUCCUGGUGGCAGCUACAGGAGGAGUCUUCACUUCAUGCGGGGAACAUCUAGGCUAUCAAAUCUGUCACUCGGUGUCGCUAUCGCAGUGGCCAGAGACUAACAGAAUGACUCGGAAGAGAGUGAUUCAAGCUCGAGUCUUGCGAGAGCUACCUGAUGGAACUGUUGGGGUUUACUACAAGGUCAUUGUGGACUCCAGAAGCUUCAUACCGGAUUUAGUCGUACGAACCUCUCUAAGCUCUGCUACUGCGUCGAGCACAAGGACUGUUUGA